GCUGAAUGGAGGGGAGGGAGACGCUGCAGGUAGUCAGCGGCAGUAACAGCAGCAUCAGCGCUUCCGGGAAGAGGAAGAAGAAAAGGAAGAAAAAGAAGAAGAAAAGGUCCAAAUUAGCGCACCUGGGACGACAACUGUCUCCACAAAGUGAAUAUCGCGGGCGUCGACGCCAUGGGCUCGCACUGGAAGAACACGUAACUCUCUUGAAGAAAAGAACUCUGAACACAACCGCGGGGAUGUUGUGAGAUAGUCACGCCAAAGUGGAUUAUUAUUGUUGUCAUUUAUGAAGAUGAUGAUGAUGAUGAUGAUGAUCGCGACGUGUUCUCUCAGCAUCGUAACGGUGGUGCUGUCCAACUUGCACCUGUCCACGGGCAGCAACCGACAUGCGGUGUACUGGAACAGCUCCAACAUACUGUUGCGGCGAGAAGGCUACACGGUGCAGGUGAGUGUCAACGACUACCUGGACAUCUACUGCCCGCACUACAACACCAGCCUGCGGGGGACGCUAGAGCGCAGCGUGGCCGAGCAGUACAUCCUCUACAUGGUGAGCUACCGCGGCUACCUGACCUGCGAUCCCCGGCUGGGCUUCAAGCGCUGGGAGUGCAACCGCCCGCACGCGCCCCACGCGCCCAUCAAGUUCUCAGAGAAGUUCCAGCGCUACAGCGCCUUCUCGCUGGGCUACGAGUUCACCGUGGGCCAGGAGUACUACUACAUCUCCACGCCCACUCACCAUCACCAUGGCCACAGCUGCCUGAGGAUGAGAGUCUACGUCUGCUGCUCCACUGUCUCCCAGGCGGACGACGACUCCAGCCAGACUUCCGCCGCCUACACAGUGAGGCCGAGUAUCAAAAUACACAACAUCGACGAGUUCAACCCUGAAGUUCCCAAGCUGGAGAAGAGCGUGAGCGGCAGCAGUCCGUCACGUGACCGCCUCCUCAUGACGGUGACCGCCAUGCUGCUGGUUGGCGCCCCCCUCCUGUCCUAGCGACGCCACUCGGACCACGCCUUUUUUUUACCGAAAGGGCUUCGCCGAGAUGUAAAACAAACAAGAAGAAAAAUGAUCGGAUUGAAAAAAAGAACAGAAAACAAGUCGGAGAGGCCUUUUUUUUUUUAUUGUUUGCUUUACACCGUGGUGUCACAUGAUCAUUUCAGGCAUCAUGUGACCACAAGCAGACUCCUAUCGAGGAAGUCGCCGUCAAUCCGACUGAUGACACAAGUGUAGCAUUGGGGUGGAUUAAGGAUGCUUAACUUUUCAACAAAAUGGACGACAAUUUUUGUCCUGGACCGUGAAGAAUGUCCUCACUUCUUGAAGAAGAAAGGAAUUUAAAGGAGGCCUUUCUCGAACAACCAUUUCCCUCCUCUCUCCUUCUCUCUGUGGAUAUUUUCGUUUUGUUAGAGGAUAGCGAACCUCGUCUUCGUCCUUCCUGCCUGUUUCCUGCCUUCACUUCUCUACUCUACACAACAAAGACUUUGAUGGCACUUAGCGGCGUUAGUGCUCGUUUUCUCCUUCUCUCCAUCGCACCUUCUUUCUUCUCACACUCCACCACCUGGUCUUACUCCUGCCAAUCAGCAAGUACUGUAGGGACACACUGAGAAGGACAAACAUCAAUAAUAUUACGAGGACGACGUCAUACACCUGCGUGAAUCAUGUGCUGAGUUGACAAAAAAAGUUGUAAUAUAUAGUGGAUAAAAGAAUGAGAAAGGAAUUUUGAAUAUUACAAGCAAAUAUGACAGUGAAAUUGUAAUAAUUCUAUGAAAAAGUAGUAUUAUUUUCCCCCAAAAAAUGUGAUUAUAUAAAAAUAGUCCUAAUAUUAAAAAAAAAAAAAAAACAACAGUUGUCAUUGUAAAAUGUAAGUUUACGCAAAAUCUGGUCAUGUUAAAAUUUUAAUUUAGGUUCAAAUCAAAGUGUUGUUUUAAGAAGAAAUAUUGAAAAAAAAUGGUGGUUUUAAUUGUAAAAUUUAGGUAAAACAUUUUUUUUUCAAAGUUAAAAUUUAAGUUAAAAUUAAAGUUUUACGGUAUUACGACAAAUAAUGCGAGGGGGAAAAUGGUUGUUUACAAGAAAAUGGUUGUAAUUUAACGAAAAGUUAAAAGGAAAAAUAUUUUUUACCAUUGAAGAUUGAAAUUAAAUUUAAAGUUUGGAUUUUAUGACAAAUAUUGUGAAGAGAAAAAUGGUUGUUAAACAAGAAAAAAGUUGUAAUAUAUAGUGGACAAAAGAAUGAGAAUGACUUUCAAUUAUUACAAGCAAAUAUGAGAGUGAAAUUGUAAUAAUUCUAUGAAAAAGUAGUAGUAUUUUCCCCAAAAAAAUUUGAUUAUAUGAAAAUAGUCCUAAUAUUAAGAAAAAUAACAAAACAAUAGUUUUCAUUGUAAAAUGUAAGUUUAGGCAAAAUCUGGUCAUAUUAAAAUUUUUAUUUAGGUUCAAAUUAAAGUCGUGAUUUUAGGAGAAAUAGUGGAAAAAAUGGUGCUUUUAAUUGUAAAAUUUAGGUAAAACAUUUUUUUUCAACGUUAAAAUUUAAGUUGAAUUAAAGUUUUACGGUUUUACGACAAAUAAUGCGAAGGGAAAAAUGGUUGUUUUACAAGAAAAUGGUUGUAAUUUUACGAAAAGUUAAAAGGAAAAAUAAUUUUUACAAUUGAAGAUUGAAAUUAAAUUUAAAGUUUAGAUUUUAUGAUAAAUAUUGUGAAGAAAAAAAUGGUUGUUAAACAAGAAAAAAGUUGUAAUAUAUAGUGGAUAAAAGACUGAGAAUGACUUUUGAAUAUUACAAGCAAAUAUGAGAGUGAAAUUGUAAUAAUUAUAUAAAAAAGUAGUAUUUUCCCCCAAAAAAUGUGAUUUUAUGAAAAUAGUCCUAAUUUUAAGAAAAAUAACAAAACAAUAGUUUUCAUUGUAAAAUUUAGGUUUGGGCAAAAUCUGGUCAUUUUAAAAAAUGUAUUUAGGUUCAAAUUAAAGUCGUGAUUUUAGGAGAAAUAUUGAAAAAAUGGUGGUUUUAAUUGUAGAAUUUAGGUAAAUCUUUUUUUUUUCAACAUUAAAAUUUAAGUUGAAAUUUAAGUUUUUCGGUUUUACGACAAAUAAUGCGAAGGGAAAAAUGGUGGUUUUACAAGAAAAUGGUUGUAAUUUUACGAAAAGUUAAAAGGAAAAAUAAUUUUUACAAUUGAAGAUUGAAAUUAAAUUUAAAGUUUGGAUUUUAUGACAAAUAUUGUGAAGAAAAAAAUUGUUGUUAAAAAAGAAAAAAGUUGUAAUAUAUAGUGAACAAAAGACUGAGAAUGACUUUUGAAUAUUACAAGCAAAUAUGAGAGUGAAAUUGUAAUAAUUCUAUAAAUGUUUUUUAUUAUUUUUCCUCAAAAAAUGUGAUUAUAAGAAAAUAAUCCUAAUAUUAAGAAAAAUAACAAAACAAUAGUUUUCAUUGUAAAAUUUAAGUUUAGGCAAAAUCUGGUCAUAUUAAAAAUUGUAUUUUGGUUCAAAUUAAAGUCGUGAUUUUAGGAGAAAUAGUGGAAAAAAUGGUGCUUUUAAUUGUAAAAUUUAGGUAAAACAUUUUUUUUCAACGUUAAAAUUUAAGUUUAAAUUAAAGUUUUACGGUUUUACAACAAAUAAUGCGAUGGGGGAAAUGGUUGUUUUACAAGAAAAUGGUUGUAAUUUUACGAAAAGUUAAAAGGAAAAAUAUUUUUUACAAUUGAAGAUUGAAAUUAAAUUUAAAGUUUGGAUUUUAUGACAAAUAUUGUGAAGAAAAAAAUGGUUGUUAAACAAGAAAAAAGUUGUAAUAUAUAGUGGAUAAAAGACUGAGAAUGACUUUUGAAUAUUACAAGCAAAUAUGAGAGUGAAAUUGUAAUAAGUCUAUAAAUGAUUUUUAUUAUUUUUUCCCCAAAAAUGUGAUUAUAAGAAAAUAGUCCUAAUAUUAAGAAAAAUAACAAAACAAUAGUUUUCAUUGUAAAAUUUAAGUUUAGCCAAAAUCUGGUCAUGUUAAAAUUUGUAUUCAGGUUUAAAUUAAAGUCGUGAUUUUAUGAGAAAUGUUGGAAAAAAUGGUGCUUUUAAUUGUAAAAUUUAGGUAAAAAAUUUUUUGUCAACAUUAAAAUUUAAGUUGAAAUAAAGUUUUACGACAAAUAAUGCGAGUGGAAAAAUAGUUGUUUUGCAAGAAAAUGGUUGUAAUUUUACGAUAAAAGUUAAAAGAAAAAAAUAUUUGUGUUCAAAUUGAAAUUAAAUUCAAAGUUUGGAUUUAAUGAUAAACAUUGUGAAGAAAAAAAUGUUUGUUAAACAAGAAAAUAGUUGUAAUUUUACAGUUAAAAUUUAAAUGGAAAAUUAAAGUUGUGUUUUUUUUAACAUUACAAUGCAAUUUGAAUUAAUGUCCUGUUUUUACGACAAAUAUUGGGAGGGGAGAAAAUGGUUGUUUUGCAAAAAAAAAAGGGUUGUAAUUUUACGAUAAAAAUUCAAAGAAAAAAAUAUUUUAGUAUUCAAAUUGAAAUUAAAUUUUAAAGUUUGGAUUUCAUGACAAACAUUGUGAAGAAGAAAAAAUGUUUUUUAAACAAGAAAAUUGGUGUAUCAAUCAAAAAUUAAAGUCCUGUUUUUUUAAUGAAAAAUAUUGAGAAAAAAAAAGGUUGUUUAAAUUGUAAAAUGUUAGUUUAGUUUUUUGUUUUUUUUUCAAGAUUAAAAUGUAAUUUAAAUUAAUGUCCUGGUUUUACAACAAAUAAUUGGAGGGGGAAAUAUGUUUGUUUUACAAGAAAAUGGUUGUAAUAAUAAAAAUGUUUACUUAAAUUUAAAGCUUGGAUUUUAUGACAAACAUUGUGAAAAAAGAAAUGUUUGUUGAACAAGAAAAUAGCUGUAAAUUUACAGUUAAAAUUUAAAUAAAAUAUUUAAGUUGUGUGUUUUUAAUGAGAAAUAUUGAAAAAAAGUGUUUUGGGUUUUUUUCAACAUUAAAAUGUAAUUUAAAUUAAUGUCUUGGUUUUACGACAAAUAAUGGGAGGGGGAAACAAUUAAUAAUAAUACACAAUUUAAAUUAAAUUUAAAGUUUGAAUUUUAUGACAAAUAUUGUGAAGAAAAAAAUGGUUGUUUUACAAGAAAAAAGUUAUAAUUUCCCAAUUACAAUUCAAAUAAAAGAUAAAGUGGAUUCUACAACAAAUAUUGGGGAGACAGAAAUUGUUGUUGUACAAAAACAUAGUUGUUGUCUAAAGGUUAAAGUUAGAAUGGUAACUUUAAACUUAAAAUUGUAAUUGAAGUCCUGAUUUUAUGACCAACAUUGAAAGAAAAAAAUUGUGAGAAGAAAAAACAAGAAAAUAGUUGUAUUUUUAAGAUUAAAGUUGAAAGGAAAAAAAUACUAAUUUUACAAUUAAAAUUUAGAUUUAAAUCCUUGUUUUUCGCCAAAUAAUUUGAAGGAAAAAUAUGCACAAAAUAGUUGUAAAUUUAAGAUUAGAUUUAGAAGACAAAAAUAAUAUUUUUACAAUUUAAAUUUGAAAAGAACAUUUACAAAAAUCCUGAUUUUAUGACAAAUAUAAAUAAGGGAAAACAUUUUCAUUUUACAAGCAGUUGUAAUCUUAAGAUUAAGUUAAACACUUCUUAUGGUCAUUUUAAAACUCACAAUGUUAUGAGAAAAAAAAAAUUAAUUGGGAUUUUAUGAAAAAUAAUCAGCCAUCGUUAAAAUUUGAUAGUAAGUCAAAAAAUAAUUUUAAAAAAAUGCCAUGAUUUAGAAAAAUAUUUAAAUUAGGUACAAAAAUCAUGCAUAUUAGUUAACGCAGCACAAAGUCAUAAUAUUAAGGUUAAAAAAUUACAACAACAAAAUCCGAUUUUUCUGCAUAAUAGCUAAUUCAUAGAACAAGAAAAAGGCCUUAAUAAUACCCAAAAAUUGUGGGGGAAAAACCCCUGCAAUAAGUGAUGAUAUUAGCAAGAAAGCAUGACAGAGAAGAAAAAUCUUUAAAUUGUACGACAAUGACUCAAUAUUUCCACCCAGUAAAAAAAUCUGACUGUGGAAAAAAAAUCAUAAUAAAAUUGCACAAGCGCGUUGCUUUUACUAUUCAUUUUAUCGCAAAAUUCUGAUUUUAUUCUCGUAUUAUUAUUUUGUGUUUUUUUUGGUCCUUUUCAGUGUGGCCCUACUAUACUCUACAAGUUACCUGCCUACAGAGGUGCCCAGCCAAUCAGCGUUGAUGGCCGGUUGCCAUGGAAACGAGCCCAUGCAGUGCAAAAGGUGCCUGAGAAGAUUGUUGCUUAUUUUUCUGACUGUCGCGGGAAUGUACAAAAAACAACAAACAACAACAACAACAACAAAAAAACAAGCUCACUUUUUUUAUAUCGACGUACAAGACGACUUUGCAUCGAUUCAUUUCCGCAUUGAAGUAUUUUAUUUGGGAUCCACGUGAGUUUGCAUUACACGUAAGCUACUGUGCCGUGUUGCUUUUUUCACUUGGGGGGGGAUUUAUUUUACAGCAACUUCAGAGGCGCAUGUCACUCACCGCCAUGAUGGAUAGGCAGCAUUUCACAAGUGCUGUGAUGUGCGUUCAUAUCACACAGAAUGUGUGUGUGUGUGUGUCUGUGUGACAAAAUGUGUGUGUGAAAGAAAACAUCUAUUUGUGCGUACCCGUGUCCACGCUUUUGGAGUCUGUGGCGCUUAGAAAUUUGUUAAGGAGUCGUUUGUAGGAUCUUAAUAUGCAAGCGCGUAUGAGAGAAUGUGCUCUUAUCGUUAGUGGGAGGAGCUUUAGAAGCAAAGGGGGCAGCAUCAAAAGCAUUUACUUAAUUAUGUUGAAGACAACCACCAGAAAUGUGUUUACCCUGAAUGACUUUCAAAAAAAAAAAAAAAGACAAAACACAAGGUCUGUAUUAAAAAUGAGCAAUUAAAGUCUUUUUUUUUGCAAAUGCACUUUUGUACAUUUAUG